AUGGCUACUUCCGGCCGCCACCCCGUUUACCGAGGCGUUCGACGCCGCAACACAGGCAAAUGGGUGUCGGAAAUUCGCGAGCCCCGGAAGCCUAACCGGAUUUGGUUGGGAACCUUCCCGACAGCUGAAAUGGCGGCUGUGGCUUAUGACGUUGCUGCCCUUGCUCUCAAGGGCCACGACACCCACCUCAAUUUCCCCAAUUCUGCGUCCUCUCUCCCUGUUCCUGCUUCACGUUCACCCUCUGAUAUUCAGGCUGCCGCCGCCUCUGCCGCCGCUGCGCUUGGUGCCGCAGCAGCCGCCAUCGAGGCAAGAAGUGGUUUUCACGGUGGCCGUAGUAAUGAUCCAGGGGAAGUGGGAAAUCAUUUCAUGGACGAGGACUUGAUUUUUGAUAUGCCUAAUGUUCUAAUGAAUAUGGCGGAAGGAAUGCUUCUUAGCCCUCCCCGUUUCAAUAAUCAUGGUGGCGAUGACGACAGAGCCGAUCAUGGUACCGAAAACCUUUGGAAUUUUUUCUAA